AUGCAACUGAAGCCCGAUCCUUUUUUUGGUACCGUAGGCUGUGCGAGUGCUAUCGUCUUUACUUCCUUCGGUGCGGCCUAUGGCACUGCGAAAGCUGGUGUUGGGAUCUGCUCCAUGGGUGUUCUGAGACCUGAUCUAAUCGUGAAGAACAUCGUCCCCGUCGUCAUGGCCGGAAUACUCGGUAUUUACGGACUGGUCGUUUCCGUAUUGAUUGCAAACAAUCUUGCGCAGAAAGUAACCAUCUACACGAGCCUCGUCCAGAUGGGUGCAGGGCUCGCUGUUGGUCUUGCAGGGUUGGCUGCAGGGUUCGCUAUCGGAAUCGUGGGUGAUGCUGGUGUGAGGGGAACAGCGCAACAACCUCGACUCUAUGUGGGCAUGAUUCUAAUUCUAAUUUUUGCAGAGGUCUUGGGUCUUUACGGGUUGAUAGUCGCACUCUUGAUGAACUCUAGGGCGGGCAUAGUGGAGCAUACAUGUGAGUGA